AUGAUUACGGCCUCUUCUCUAUCCACUACGACAAACGCCGAGUCUUCUUUUCCGACCAACCCUUACAAUUUUUUCUCAGGCCCGAUGCAAGCUUCAGCAACAUCUCCAUCUCCAAGUUCCACCUUCAAACCUUUCUUCGGCGAGCUACACAUUCCAUCUAUCACCUUUGAGGAUUUCUUGAGCGACCCUGAGAGGAUUCCACAGCUACCCGGGUACGAGGAAGACUCAGAUACCGAACACUCUAUACCCCCUCGGAAACACCUCAUACCCUGUCUGGAACAACUCGAAUUGCUUCAACAAAUCUCUUCAAACUGUUCAUCGCUAAAAGAAGCGCAAGACCCGAGGCAAGGAGCUUCUCAACAGCAGGUCUCACCUGAAAAAUCUUUCCAAAGCUCGUCGGCUCCAGGCGCAUGGCAUAACUGGACUCCGCUAUCCAGAUUAUUUGCAGGGGGCAUAUUGAUCCUGAGUAUAUUAUCGUGUCUUCAUAUAUUAGCGCCAAAUACGAUCCCAUGGCGUCGUGAAACUAAUUUGUUGAUAAGGCUCAGGCAAGGUAUGAACUCAGACGAGAUCACCUCUGUUCAACACUCUUCCGAAAAUAUCGUCAAGUCAAUGAACGAGCUAUGCCUCGAGAUGGACCGUCAGACAAUUGACACACUCCCCAUACAAGAAAUGUCGGGCUUACUGCGACUUCAACCAAACUUAAAGGGCUCAUUUGAGACUUCAGUGAUCCUCUGGGAUCUUUCAGAUGCUGUCAAUUUGGUUGUCGACAAGUUACGUCAGCUACAUGGUAAAGGGCACACUGAGAUGGGGUUGCUCAAGCAAGAGUUGCUCUUGAAGCAGCCAAAUCUUCCAAGUAAAUUAGAGAUUCCUCAAGAACUGCUUGAUCAAACUGUUUACAUUUUUGAUCUUCUCAAAAUUUUUGCCAACUCUACGAUUAACGAGAUUUGGUCAACAACAGAAGCAAAUCAAGUUGCAAAGCAAGAACUUUCCAACAUCGAAAGGACUCUGCGGGCAAGUCUCAAUUCCUGGAGCGUCUCUUAUCUCUUUGGAAGUUCAAAAUACCAUGCAUCAGGUCUCCUCCUAAAAUCGAUCAGGUCAGCCAUAGACUACACCGGAGAAGUUGCAACCUAUCUACAGAAGUAA